UCGGCCGAUUUUGCCGAUCGGCCGAUUUUCGCGGCAAUGAUGGGCAAAUCGGUCGAUUUUUUACCGAUAAAAAAUCUGCGCAUGAGCAGUGACCUGCAAGAGGAAGACAAAAAGAAGAAAAGAAGAAGAGGAUGAAGAAGAGGAAGAAGAAGAGGAUGAAGAAGAAGAGGAUGAAAAAGAAAAAGAGGAUGAUGAAGAAGAAGAAGAAGGAGAAGAGGAUGAUGAAGAAGAGGAAGAUGAAGAAGAAGAGGAUGAUGAUGAAGAAGAAGAAGAGGAUGAAGAAGAAGAAGAGG